CAAAACGAAGACUAAAGACCAAAACAGAGCCAGCUCCCGUCCCCGCCGAAACAAGAACCCGCACCCAUUUGCGCAAAACACUCACAGCCCACAACACAAACAACAACAGCAACAACAACAACAACAACAACAACAACAUGCGUCUCAGCAGCGCCAUCCCCCUCACCGUCGUGCUCCUGUCAUCGGCCGUGCAAGCCAAUCCCAAUCCCAAUCCCCUCUUUGGCUUCGGUUCAGACGAUGACGACGGCGAAAGCGGUAAAGCCUCCGGCUCAGACCUGGUGAAACUGAUCAAUGAGCUGCCGCGUUGCAUAAUGCCAUGCCUCGUGAAAAUAGCAAGGAAGAACCAGUGUACGGCACCUGGAUCAAUCGCGGUAGGAACAGGAACAGGAACAGAAACAAGGGAUAUAGCAGAGGAAUCAUUGAACAGGCGCCAAGCCGGAAACGCCAACGCAGUCGCCCCUGGCGGUGGUCAAACGUUUAUCAACGUAAGAUGCGUGUGCGGCAACGGACUCGCGUCAAUGAUAGGUCUUCCCAGUCUUUUCACCGUGGUCGGCAUGUCCGACUGCCUCACAGACGACGUCAAGAACACCGACACAGACGCGACAGACUUGAGCUGCGGGCUCGUCAAGACCGGUAUCGCCGGCAUCAGAAUAUGCAGCGCUGCCAGCGAUGCUAACACGCAGCAAAUCACUGAAGCUGGAAACAUUCUCAAGGGGGUAUCUAACUUCCAGCUUAACCUCCAAACGGCCAAUCUGAAGAUUGACGGAACUGGGAAUGUCACGUCAAUUACUCGGAAGAUUACCAAUUCGCUGGGAAUCACGAAUACCAACGACCCGUCAGGAUCCACGGCGUCGUUCCGCUCCGUUCCACUUUCAAAGCGCGACUACGUCCUGACGGGGACGCUGGUCGUCUUCGUAGGCUAUGCUCUGGCUUUCAUGUGAAGCUCCAAGAUGUAAAAAAGACGGAAAAGUGGGAAGGGGCGCCUCAUUCUUUUUCUUAUCUUUUCUUUUUCCUUUGACUGCCCCUGCCU